AUUUCAAGGCUGUGGGCGGAGUUUGCUUUCCCUCAAUAAUAACGGAGUACAGUUAGUGUUGUGUGAGUGAGCUGCAUGACAGAUCGCAGAUUUCGCUUCUCAAAGUGUCAGAAACCGUUGCGCUUCAGCUGUGAGUGUCGAGGAUGUGGAGUAACGUCGAGCUGCUCCUGAACGAGGAGACGAACACAGUGCGGCUGUACAGCGACGAGCAGGAGUCCGGGAGCGCUUUAUAUCAAGUGGAUUCUCUGGUCAAACUCUCAUCCUCAGAGAAGGUGCUGUCCGACCCGAAGCUCUACGCCUCCAGUACUCCUCACUGCUGCAUCGUCGCCGCGGACACUGCUGUGGUUCUGUUUGAUCCCGGCUUUCAGACGGUCCUCAUUCACCUGUAUUUUGACACUGUGGUGGAUGCAGUCACGGUUUGCCCCCAAGCGCAGUUUCUUCUGGUGGGAGAGAGGAAUGGAAGUCUGCACAUCAUCUAUGUCCCUCUGAAAAAGACCGUGCUGACCAAAACUUUGCUCAAACCAAACCCCUCUGAUGGAGCGGAGACCACCUUCAAGAGCCUAAUCCUGCACGAGACCCCUGCUUCUGAAGGAGUGUAUGAUCUCUUUUUCAUUGUUAAUGAUGGUUUCCUCCACACAUCCAAUGUUGCCUUGGGAAAAAUCCAGAGAGCCAUUGAAAACAUGGAUCUAGUGGCCUUAAAUAAGAUCCAAGAUGAUAUUCUUAUGAACUUCUGCUCAACUACAGAGAUUCAUGAAGACGGCUGCAUCUCGGCGAGUCUGCUCUGUUUGGGAAGCACAGUCCACCUUCUGAUUGGAGCUGUUGGUGUCAAUGUUCUGUCACUUUGGACCAUGGGCCCCGAGCAGAAAUCAUUGUCUCUCACAAAACUCCUCGACUCUGUUUUAAUGUCAGAGGUGAAGAAGAUUCAAGUUGUGGAUAAUUUGAUGUAUGUUCUAAACAAAGAGGGCAUGCUCAGCUUGCUGGACUUUCACUCAUUUGUCAUGCUUUGUUGCUGGCCGGAUCAACACAUUGAAGAUUUCCUGCUGAUAUCAGACGGAAACUCCUCAACUAUUACACAGCAAGAUGAAAACAGCAUGAAAAUCAUGUCCUUGGUAGUUGAAGAAAACAAGGGUCGUGCUAGGAAGCUCGUGGUUCAGUCGCUGCCUUCGAUGGAGGUUUUCUACUCGCUAGAAGUUUCUUCUGAGUCUUGGUUGAUCCAGAAGGGAAUCAGUAUGGACCCUUUCUAUUUGCUGGAGGGAGUUUUGGCAAACACAAAGAGCAGCCCUGAAGAUCCAGUGUCUACUGUUGUGAUCAGAUGCUUCACAGAGGCGCUGCCAGAGAACAGACUGAACAAACUUCUGUAUAAGCACAAGUUUGAAGAAGCAGAGAAAUUCGCCAAAGCCUUUGGACUUGAUGUUGAACUGGUGUAUAAGGUUAAGCUGAAUGUUGUGCUGGAGAAGCUGAUCUCAGCAUCAGGCAGUGAUCAAACCCUGCAGUGGCCCGAGCUCAUCGAAGAGGCCAAGACCAACCUGAUGAAGAUCAUGGACGAGCAGUUUGUGGUGCAGUACUGUCUGACUGCUUCUUGGCCUUCUCUGAGCAUCGCUGAAGACAUGUUGAGUUACACCUCGAACCGCUUCCCCUGCUGCCAGAUCCAGACAGCCCUGGCUAAGCUCGCCACCUUCGCUAGCGUCUGUGGACCUGACCGCUUUGAGGGCAUAGCAUGGAUUGAGUUCUUGAACAGUGUGGAUUAUCUCAGAGACAUCCUAGCUCUUCUGAAAGAGGGCAAUCUUAGUGGAGCACAGUACCUGUGGCUUCGACACGAGGGAGAGUUUUGCAGGGAGUUUGAUGAGCGCUGCCUGCAUGCUCUGCUGGGCUCCAUCUCUUCUGACGUCUCCUCGCAGGACCUGCGGCUGUGGUUUAAGGGGGUUCUGGUCCCGUUUGUGUGGAGAGUGUUGCCCAGCGGACAGAAAAUCCUCGCCAGGUGGUUGGAGCAACGUGCGAGGAAUCUGGAGUUAACAGAAAAGAGUGACUGGCCUCAUAAUGGACUGGUCCUGGCUGAACUUGGCCUGCCUUCCCUCUGGAGGUCUAUGGGUUUGGCUGAAAACUGUGUAUCAGAGGAAGUGCUAAACCUGCAGUCACUGGUGGCUAACCUCAGACAGCUGUGUGAGCUCGACUCCAAAUACAGCUGCCGUCUGUCACUGUCCGACUACGAGAGGGGAAGCACGCGCAGCAUGGCCUUCCUGAUGCUGGAUAAGGUGCAGGCCCCGGAGCUGGUUCCUGCUGUGAUUAAGAGCAGCGUUCAACCCUAUGCUCUUGAGAACGGAUUGGACCUGGACCAGACCCUCUUACACUACAUCAAGGAGCUGCUAGACUGCUGCAGUUCUCAGAUCACUUCUCUCUUCACUGAAUGGGAGGCCAAAGCUGUGGCUGUGCUGCGCUGCAUGACAGACACGAAUAAGGUGAUGGAUGCUGUGAUUGAGAUCAUGUACAAGGCGGUGGUGCCCUGGAGUGACACGGUGGAGAAGCUCGUUCAGCAGCACCUGGAGAAGCAGCAUCCGAAGCAGGAGCUGCUGAGAGAGGGCUACAGACUGAUGGAAAUAAAGAAGCUUCUCAGAUGCUACGGCAUCCGCAGCUUAGCCCUUUCUAACGCUCGUGAUGUCAUGAUGCUUGUGAGGCACAUCCUAAAACAGGACCUGCCCACCUCUCUCGAGGACUCGCUGAAGUUAAUCGAGGCCUACAAACUAAACCCAGCGGAGAUCCACCAUCUUCACUGCAUCCAUCUCAUCCAGCACAAUAAGAGGGAGAAGUGCGUCGCUCUGCUGAAGAACCUGCUCCGUCCUGAAGCAGAGCUUGUGAUCGAGCGCAUGGCCUGCUGGGCAAGAUUUGAACUUCAAGACAAGCGGCACGUUUCUCAAGAGCAGAAGAAAGUACAAAUGCUAAUAUCGCAGAUUAUGGUUGAAGCAUUAAAGUACCUGCAGAGCAUUCAGACAGAUGAUGCCUUCAAGAAAACUGAAUGUGAGAACAAUCUGAAGAUGUUCACAGCCAUUGCUCAUCUUCAGGAAGACUUUGACAUCUUCUUGACCCCAGAGGAAUAUGAUGAUCCGGCCGUGAGACACAAGUUCAACCAGCAGCUCAUCACUGCAUAUGAGAACGCACAAGCAUGGCGGCGCUCAGGAAGACCGCACCCUGACGAGGUUUCCAGCGGUCAUCUGAAGGACAGUGAUCCCGACGGGAAGACGAAGAGCCUGUCCACUGAAGCAGGGCUCCACCGGCUGGCCAGACAGCUGCAGAAGACGGAGCAGGAGCUGUGGGCAGACCUGGCGCUGAGAGCUCUGGAUGCUGGAGACGUGGAGAAAGCCUUACAGAUCCUCAGGGAGCUGUACCAGCACCACUCGACCUGCAGCACAGGACAGGUUCUGUUCAGCACGGCCCAGCGCCUCUGUCAGAUGCUGGAGGAAAACAUCCCCAUGGUUCUGCCUGAACAGGUUAACCUGCCUGCUGUCAUCCAUGGGCUGGCCUGUCAGGCCAUUACAGUCUGCCACAGUGACCUUCUGCUGGACUGUUUGGAGCUGUGUAAAAGCACCAGAAGUGCUGCAGAUGUCUACAGACAAUGUCAGAUUGAAGAUUUUGGAUUUUUUGCUAAGGAAUCUGCAUUGAGUGGUGAAGAGGAUGCAUACACUGAAUCUCAUUUCCAGGAUGUCUUUAAUGAGGACUGCAUUGUGCUGGAUCCAGUCUCAGUGCUUCCACUGCAGUAUAAAAUCACCAGGAAUCUGUUGCCACUGUCAGAAUCGAGGCUUUAUCCUUUUGGCUGUUCUUGCCUGUCAUACUGUGAUCUCAAAGUAGGCACUGAUUUGGUUGGGCCUUUGCUCAAUCCCUUGGCCUCUAUGCUGCAGAUGCUGCAGGAGUGCAGUCAGCUAGAACUGGCUCUGCGACUUCUGAUGGAAUCCUACGGCAGCAUAUUAAUGCACUUUGUUUCUAACAACAUGGAUAUCUCUCUAAGCAUGCAGCUUCAUUCUAGCAACCGCUUGGCCAGAGACAAACAGACUCUUGACGGGAUAGAGAAAACGGUUCUCUCGUCUGUCACUGUGGUUGUGGUCUCCUUGUUACAGAAGGUGCUCAACUGGAGAGUGGUCGACUCUGAUCUGGCCAUCGGGCUUUGUACCAUUUUGCCCAAGGCAGCGGUUGUGGAUAUUCUCUGGAAGAUGAUCGCCAGUGCCUGGCAAAAUUAUGAAAAGAUUAAGGUUGUUGCAAUGGUGGGAGCCCAUCUAAGUUUUUUGUAUAAGGAUGAAGAGGAGAGGGGGAAGUUUCUGUCUGUUAUCACUGAUGCAGAGUGGGGCGUUCAGCUGGGCAAACUCGGGGUCUCCAUCCAGUCAGUGUUUAGGCAGUGCGCGGAGACGAAGAGAAACUUGAUUCCAACACUUGUGAAAAACAGGAACAUCACUCCUGACAUUAUACUGCAUUACUGCAGCACGUUUGGAUUGGACAGCGGUUCUGCAAUCAAUUUGUACAUCACCACUGUACUGCUGCAGGAGGAUAGGUGGUAUGAAAUGGAGAUUGCAGAAGGCGAUGCCAAAGCUAGCCUGCGGUGUGAAGAGUCUCUGCUAGGAAGAGAUGACAUGCUCGAAAGUGCCCUUCAGAUCGUUCCUCAGCUUGGCUCUACCAAAGACCUUGUGAUCAGUCUCAACACAGCCUUGACCAAGCUAAAUCCAUACAACUAUGAGUGGAUCGAGAGAGUGCUCAGAACUAUUCAGCUGGCGGAUGAGACCACAUCCCUGCUACCCCUUGGUCAGAUGGUGGGAUUACUCCAGCAUUUGAAGUCGCACAGAAGGAUCUCGGCCCCCACAGACCUGGAGAGCUCAUAUCUUCUGGAGAACGGCCUUGAACCCACGGCUCUAGCUCACACCCGCCUGCCCUUUCAUCUGCUCUUCCAGAACAACCACGCCUUCUGGAAAACUGUCUCUCCAGAACUGAGUGAGGACACUUUACCCACGCUGCUCCUCAUCUGUAAAUUAAUGAAGGUUAAUCCUGAUAAGCUGUAUGUUUUAGCUGUGAACCAUGUGUUCAAGAAGAGUCUCUUGCCUUUGCUAACGGAUCAGGCAAAGAAGAUCCAGAUGGUUGCUCCCAGUAAAGAGUUGUCUCGUGUGACUCAGAGUAUCUUUGAACACGCGCUGUGCAUCCAGAAUCUGGAACUUGCUGCAGCCACAGUCCAUAAAAUUGCCCAGGACCUUCCUGCAGGUGCACAAAAGACAGAUUUCUUGAAGUUCAGUUUGGAACUCGUGCACAAGUUACUGCAGUCUGAUACUCUGGAGCACAAUCUGCAGACUCGAGGUGAAGCGCUGAUCUCUAAACUGCAGUUCCAGUAUCAGCGGUCGGCCACAGAGAACGCUCUGCUCUCGUCUCAGCUCAGCUCUCCAGAGCUGCUCAAGCUCACAGGACUGCCGGGGCGUCUCAUCGUCGCUCUGUUUGAGCACAGCUCGGUGCUGGAGCGGAUGACUAGCCCUGCUGGCCUCACCUACCCUGACAUUCACAGCGUGGCCAAAGAUAUUGCCUCCAUCAAUGGUGUCGAUCUUUUGAAGAUCCGGAACAUUCUUCUGGAGAAGUGGUUGUGUCAAACAGGGCAGUCGAAUGGCAAGGACAAUCAUCAGGACAGUGUGACUAAUAUAAAUGAUGAUCCUGAUCUCAUGAGAGUUGUUUACUUGCUGCAGAUGCAUCCUAUGGAUAUAAGUGCUCGGUUGCUCAGUCCCAUCCUGACAGCACAGACAUGGCCCCUGGGAGGAUCAGGCCUUCGUUUGACCUUCGAACACCGCAGUCGAGCUCUGCUCUGUCUCACUCACUUAGCAGAUGCUGCCACCUUGGAGACACUUUCCAACCAGCCUAGCAGCAAAAUCAAAUAUUAUUUGAAGUGCUACAUGUACCUUGCCCAGAUGGAGGCCCUGAACAUUCCCUAUACCUUGGAAAUGUUCAUCAGCAGCCCCAAGGAAGGCAUGAUCAAGGGUUUAUGGAAGAACCACAACAAUGAACCUCAGGCUGUCCGGCUUGUGGCAGAGCUCUGUCUGGAGUAUGAGGUUUAUGACUUGCAGCUGUGGAACAGUGUCUUGCAAAAGCUUAUGUCGUUUAAUAUGACAAGCUACUUGCAGAAGGUUCUUGAAGCCCUCAUAGCAGUGCCCAGUCUUUUAGAGGGGCAAAGUCUUUCCCGGAUAUGGCGGAGUGUGAUUCAAGCCCCUUUCUUGACAGCCUCUCUUCCUCUCAGCCCUCGACAGCAUGAUGUAAUGUACAACACAUUUGUCCUGCUUCUAAAAUGUCCAUUUGUAUUGACGUUGGAUCUGGUUGGCAUCGCCAGGCGGUUUGCUCAGUUCAGCCUGCAGGCCUUCUCUCUGGGCACACUCUUGCUCAUACCUUGUGCCAGAAAGAAGGACCCACAGAUUCAAAGCUUCCUGUUAUCCUGCAAGCCUACCCUCAUUCUGGAUCAGGUGGAGGAAAGCAUGAGCACCGGAGAGUUAGCCGGCAUUCCUUCACAGAUUAGAGACACUGUGUUCACCUUCCUUUGUGGAAAUGGCAAGUCGCAGAUGUUGAUGAAGACCAAACACUUCACUUAUCUGAAGAAGCACUUGAUCUCAAAGGCUCAUUCUGAAAUAGUGCAGGAGCUGCUGAACUGCCUUGUGGAGCAAAAUGGUGAAGAGGAGGCCAUUUCUUUUGCCCAUGAAUAUCUGAAAUACCGAGAGCUGAAAGGAGGGCAAACGGCUCCGCUGAGCAACUCUUUCUCUGAUCCUGUCAGGGAAUUUUUGGAAAAGGCCCUGGAACCCAGAGUUACACAAACAUCAGCAUAAAUAUUUGUUGUCUGUGGGUAAUAUUAUAGUAUUUUCACUCAGUACAGGAUUGCACUAGUAAAAUAUUAUCUGCUUGCACAUUUUACAUUGAAUAUUAUUACAGUAUUUCAGUACUGAUGUUUUGUGAUUAUAAACAAGUGGAUGUAGAUGCAUACCUGCUUUACAAAUAAAAACUAUUACUUUUUUUUCCAGUA